AUGGCCACAGCCUCAGCAGCAACUCCGUCUACAAUCACUGUUGUAGGAAGCUCAGCCACCGGUUCCAAAUCAAGGACCCUCAAGAAGUGUCCUAAUGUGCAGUCCAUCAGAAGACUCUAUUCUUUUAACGGAUUGAAAGCUCAGCACAGCACCGUGACAUCACUGGGAGUUCCGGUUUCCUGCGAACAAGGUUUUGCCAAAGUGAUCUGUUCAAUAUCACAGGGAGGAAGAAGAAGCCGUAGAGGUGGUGGUGCUCUUUCUUCAUCAUGUAAUGCUGCAGGUGAGAUUUUUCAGAUUGCAGCUAUUAUGAAUGGACUUACUCUUGUUGGUGUUGCCGUUGGGUUUGUUCUUCUUCGAAUUGAAGCUGCUGUGGAAGAAGCUGAGUAA